UUGUAGGUAGUUAACGAAAUAUUUACCGAGCAAUAGGAUCUGAUCCUGAAAAUAAGACACGUAGCCGCUCUUCCAGUACGAAAACUCUACCAAAUUUCUUGUGGCCUCUGUGCUGAAGACAUGUUUAUAUUGACCAGAAGCAAUUCACAUCAAAUUAUGCUUUCUCACUUGGCAAAAUGGAACUGCAUAAAGGAGAUGAAGAAGAAUUUGGCUUAUUAGAAAACUACUUCAUUCUCAGCGUUAAAUGGUUGCUUUCUCCGGGACUUUUUCAUAACCCUGUAAAAUUGACAUAAUUUUUUUUCAGUAAUUUUCAAAAACAUAUGCCAAACCCUUCAAUUGAAUGAGUUUUGGUGUAGUUUUCCGUACCCUCCCUUAAGGCUACCAUGGAUGGUCCUGUUUGAUUCCACCUCUACCACAAGCAGCUUAUGAUGUGUCCUGACAUCACUAAUGGAGACAAUGCAAUUAACCAAUACCGACACUACACAUGGGCAACAAAUUUUCUCUGAUCCACUUUUUAGGCAUCUCCAUAUUGAUAUCAUGGAGCCGACCAUCCUACCUAAUGAAGACUUUGCAGUCUGUUCUCAACAACACCCAACCAGAAAGCCAAAUGCGAACCCUGUUUUCUCCUUAAAUGUGGGCUUUUCUAUUGUUUUUGGAAUUUUAAUGCAUGAAGGAUCAGCAUUGCAUGGCACAAGCCCAUUGAUUCAAUAAGUCACAUCCCCAUCUGUUUUAUUUCUGGAUUAGAUUAAAGGACAUUGAUGACUACGCGGCAUUCAAGCCUUCCCCACGUGGGUCGGUUCCUCUCUCAGACCCCACUAAGGGUUUUUAUAUCAUCAGGUAAUUGAGCAGUUGCCCCUAAUGGUAGUACACUCCAAUUCUUCCUGCAAUCAUAUACAACCUAAUGCAGUUCCAAAACUUACCUUUUUGAAUUCAAUACUAAAUCCUGUCGCAUUCCAUUCAUGUCAGUUUGUUGCUUGGAGUUUAUCAGUACUGACAGCUGGAUAUUGGAUAUUAAUGGGUAUACAAACAGAUCAGAUUUGGUAGUAUGAAAGGCUCUGUAGUGGAAGAAGUGGUGAUAACUGUAGAGAACUUUUAACAAGUAUUAUCAAAAAGUGCAUUGGGGGUAGGGAUUGCAUAUAUAUAAAGGGAUUUCUGAUGAGACUUAUGUGAAAGUUCAUUGGUGAUAUUUUAAAACUAGACACCGAAAGGAGCAAAAUCUAAAUUAGUAGAUAUAAUUUGAGUGUCUACAGAAAAAAUUGUUCUGAAGGGCUUUAAUAGUUAUUUCAUUUCAUCUAUCUCAUACUGAUUUUAAUGGCAGUAAUAUACUUAACUUGGGUUUUGCUAAUUUUUAGUCAAUGUAUACAGUCAUCUGCUCAAACUGCUCAUCGGUUUUCCAUAGGAAGCAUUCGUCUCGAUUCCCAAAUUUCAGUGAAGGGAAAGGAGGUCUGGAAGUCCGAAAAUGGAACCUUUGCAAUUGGUUUUUCGCCCGUGUUUCCUGAUGAGUAUGUGCUUGGCAUUUGGUAUGCAAGCAUUCCGGGCAAUAGGACUCUUGUUUGGAUGGCUAACAGAGACCAACCGGUAGGUGAAGGUGGACUUCUCACUCUUAGUCAAGAUGGAAAUCUUCAGCUGGUAGAUAAAGGAUCAACAAUCUGGAUGGCUGAAACCACUGGACUCAAUGUUCAGUCAGGGGAGAUGCAAGAAUCAGGAAAUUUUGUUCUUUACAACACCAAUGGGAACAUUGUUUGGCAGAGUUUUGCAUCUCCAAUAGACACAUUGUUACCAGGACAGCAAUUGACAGAAACUCUAAACCUCACAAGCUGGAAUUCUUCUACAGAUGUAUCCACAGGCCAAUAUUCGCUCCAGAUGGUACAUAAACCGGACUCUCUGCAGCUAACACUGAAUUACAAUACCCCUUACGACUCCUUCAACUAUUCAUACUGGUACGGGCCCAAGAUAUCUGAUGAGGUGGGUACUGUGGUUGUUUCCUUAGAUCAUUCAGGGAGCUUUAGCAUGGGUUAUGGCAAUUCCUCCAAUACGCUGGUAUAUAUUUAUCAGAACGGCAACAGCUUGGGUGAUAAUGAUCAAAUUUUGAGACGGGUUACCAUUGAGCAUGACGGUAAUUUGAGAUUGUAUAGAUGGGAUGCCUACAAUGGCCCUGGAUGGACUGUAGAUUGGGCUGCCGUUUUGAGUCCCUGUGCUACUGCGGGUAUAUGUGGAAAUGGUAUCUGUAACCUUGAUAGUAAGUCUAGGCCACAAUGCCACUGUCCAACUGGAUCAUAUCAAAUUGAUUCCAAUAGACCAUCUUUAGGAUGCUUGCCUUCAGGAACCAUACCAAAUUGCAGAAAUGAUAAUGUAUCUACAGCAUUUAAAAUGGUGAAUCUUUCACAGACAAAUUACUAUGGUGGAAGUUCAAUAAUAGCCAAUUAUAGCAAUAUUUCAUCGGUGUCUGCCUGUGGCGACCUAUGCUUAUCUGAUUGCUCGUGUGUAGGAUCUGUUUAUUGGAUUUCUAAUCUAAAACCCUUCUGUUGGACAUUAAGAAACCUUCUCUUUGGAGGCUUGCAAGAAUCCAGCUAUACAUUCUUUGUGAAAGUCGGCCUUGAGAAUGACACCCUUAGAAAACAUACUGCACCUAGUUCAAAUAGAGAAAAGGACCAAUCCCGUCUGAAAAUGACUGUUUUAGGGACUGUCCUUGGGACUACAUUUGUCCUGUGUUUAUUUUGUAUUUUUUUCUCUCGAACAAUAUUUAUGAAGAAAAAAAGUGGAAGUUUGGAUGCUACAAUUUUUGUUCCUGGGAAUCCUGUGAAAUUCUCCUUUGUAGAUCUGCAGAUGGCAACCAAUAAUUUCAGGCAGAGGCUUGGAACAGGAGGGUUUGGGACUGUCUACAAAGGCUCACUCUCUGAUGGAACCUUGAUUGCUGUUAAGCAAUUAGAGAGAUUGCUACCACAUGGAGAGAGGGAAUUCAAAGCAGAAGUGACAACAAUUGGUGCCAUUCAUCAUAUGAAUCUAGUCCACCUCCUUGGCUUUUGCUCAGAGGGACUACACAGGCUGCUCGUCUAUGAGUUUUUGCCCAAUGGAUCCCUGGAUAGAUGGCUCUUCCAUUCUAAUGCCAAUCAUGAACCAAGGCUGCUUGACUGGGAAACUCGCUACAACAUUGCUUUGGGUACAGCCCAGGGGAUUGCAUAUUUCCAUGAGCAAUGUCGAAAUACAAUUAUACAUUGUGACAUAAAACCUGAGAACAUUCUCUUGGGUGAGGAUUUCUGCUCCAAAGUGUCCGAUUUUGGGUUGGCAAAGAUGAUGGGAAGGGAGCAUUCUCAAGUCAUUACCAUGGUGAGGGGCACAAGAGGCUACCUAGCUCCAGAAUGGGUUACCAAUCGCCCUAUCACUGUCAAGGCUGAUGUGUACAGCUUUGGUAUGGUCAUCUUGGAAAUCAUAGGAGGAAGAAGAAAUCUUGACAUAUCACUUGGAGCUAAAAAUUUCUUCUUUCCAGGGUGGGCAUUCCAGGAGAUGAUGAAAGGAAAUAUAACAAAAAUAGCAGACAAGAGGCUCUGUGGAGAGUUCAAUGAGAGCCAAUUGAUAAGGGCUCUUCGAGUGGCCUUCUGGUGCAUCCAAGAUGAUGUGGGUACGAGACCAUACAUGGGCUCAGUGAUCAAAAUGCUAGAGGGUACAAUUGAAGUGAAUGUUCCACCAAUGCCUCAAUCAGUACUUGAGAUGAUGGAGGAAGGCCUUCCAAACAUCUAUAACAAUAUGAAAAGAGACCUUAACUUCAAUUAUAGCUCCACCACCACAAAUGGCAUUAGUUUGCAUAGCUCUAAAAGAGUGCAGUCUGAUGCUGCGUUUGACUAUUCCUCUAUAUCAAUCCCACGAUGAACAAUGGGAAGUUUAGAGUACAGGAAACAAUAUGUAUUGUCUCCUCUAUGAUUUGAGGCAAAGCAAUAUGUAUGUUUUUCCCCUUUGUGUAUAACAGGGCAACAAGGUGAAGCUCAAGUCAAAUAAUUAAGAAAAAAACCAAAUUUUCCAAUGAGAGGGCAAUAAUGUAAACCUUAAUCUUCCAUGUAAAAAUUGGAUGAGCAUUUUCUUUUUGAA